CUACAAUUCUUCAUAUUCAGUCUUGCAGAUGACAUGGAUACUGUUCAUGAUCCAUAUUUGAGACACUUGUUCGAUGGUGACCCGAUAUUUAAUGUCUACAAUGAGGAGGCUACAAACUUGUCGGUCGGAGCACCCGGUCCUGACCUAUUAAAACAUUGUGCAGAAAUACUGAAUAAAUCGACGCAACAUAGAUUGGAGGAAGAAAAAAAGGAAGGAAAAUAUUACCUCUUUCAAUAUGGUAUUACGGCAGGUCUUUGGGAAUGUCGCGAUGAAUUAGCUAAAUUUUUAAGCAGGCGAUAUGGCAAUUCCGUAAUGAGAGAGCACUUAAUAUUAACGUGCGGAGCGUCACAUGGUCUUCAACUAUUAUUGAAUACUAUACUCUCACCAAAUGGUAUUAUUUUUGUAGAGGAAGUUACUUACAUGAUUGCUCUAGAUGCUUUUAAACAAUUUCCCUUAAUGCGAAUAGUUACAGUGCCAAUGAAAGAUGACAUAGUAGAUCUAGAUGCAUUGGAAAAAAUAAUAAUUGAAGAGAAGACAAAAGGCAACUUUUUUCUAAACGAUCAAAAAAUAUUUUGGGCAAUGUUCUAUACAAUACCAAUUUUUCAUAAUCCAACCGGAAUGACAUUGUUGCCUGAUCAGUGCAAACGUUUAGUGGAGAUUGCACGAAAUAAUUCUAUAGUGGUAGCCUGCGAUGAUGUAUACAAUUUGCUUUAUUAUGAGCAAGGAUUUCCGCCACGACGCUUAUUUUCUUACGAUGAUCCACAAGAUUCAAAUUAUAAAGGAGGGAACAUUGUAUCAAAUUGUUCGUUCUCUAAAAUUCUUUCGCCAGCAAUUCGCUUUGGCUGGCUCGAAUGCAGUGCGCGUAUAGUGAAUAUUGUAAAAACAUCAGGCAUAAUGUGCAGCGGUGGUGGAGUUAACCAUUACGUUUCCGGAAUAAUUGCGAGUAUGCUUCAUGAAAAUCUCGAAGACGAGUAUCUUGACAGGAUUAUAAGAAUCUAUAAGGAACGAUUAGAUACACUUUGUGCAACUUUGAAUCAAUUUCUGCCAAACUGUUGUUCUUAUCGGCGACCAGAAGGAGGUUAUUUCGUUUGGAUACAUCUUCCCUCGGAUAUAGAUGCUACCAAAUUCAUCAAAUGGUGUCAAAAGAAAAAAAAAGUAUCAGCGAUACCAGGUGCUCGUUUUUCAUAUACAGGUAAAGCAAAGAAUUUUUUACGUGUAAGUAUAAGUUUUCACACGAAAGAAGUUUUGGAGACUGCGACACAAACUUUAUGCAAAGCACUUUUAAUGUAUCUUUUUAUUGAUAAUGGCCACAGAAAAUAAAUUUUUAAAUUCCCUAAUUUUCCCAGGUU